AUGAGAUUGAUCUUACUUUUAUUCAUUAGUACCACAGUAACAUCAUUAAAUAUUCUUAUCACUACUACUGACAGUUGGGUAUCUAAAAACACUAGACUUUUAUACAGUAGUCUAAAAGAAAAGCAUAAUGUUAAAUUAAUAGCGCCUUUAUAUCAAUACAAUUUGGAAAAAAACAACAUUCCAUUGUUUUCCAACAAAUUAGCCAAAGAUGGUGGUGAAUAUGGUCAUUUGUUAUCUGUCCAUCAAACAUACUUCCACAAUUUGAGGUCUAUUAAUAGUAAAAGAGCUAAAGGAGUUAAAUUUGAACAAGAUGAAUCACAAUCAGAAUCAGAAUCAUCUACUCAAGACAUUGUCCAAUCUAAUCAAUUUGGUCAGGACCCCUUGGAUAAAAAUUGUUGGUAUGUUGAUUCUAAUCCAUUUAAUAGUUUACAAAUUGGGUUAGAUGUAAUAUUACCAAAUUAUUAUCCAGACUUCAAACCAGAUUUAACCAUUAUUGGACCAAAUGAAGGUUUACAAAAUCAACAAAUAAUCAAUAAAAUGAUUCACUCGACUAUCACCAAUAAUAAUAUAUCUACCAUUGCUUUUUCUACUGAAGAUGAACAUCAUAUUUAUUAUCAAGAUGAAAACUAUUUCCAUAUUAGUUCAAAUUCUAUUCAUCAAUUAAUGAAACAUAAUGUUUUCACCAAAAACAUCAAGUUCAUAAAUAAAGAAAUUGGUAGAAUAAUUGAUAAUUUAUCCAAUAAAGGAGUGAUUGGUUUGGAUUUUAAAUUCCCUUCUUUUAAUCAUUUUAAUUCACAUUGUAUUACUUCAAAUUCGUUACAAUUAAAAAUGCAAGAAUUUUUUUCAACAUUGAACAUACCAAAUACCAAAUUUAAUUUCAAAACUGAAAGAGAAGGUCAAACAAUUAAAAUUGUUGACGUUGAACAUAUUCAAGGUGAGGCUGGUCCGGAAAUCGUUGAUAUGUUUACUUCUAAGAAACAACAGUUGCUAAAAAGAAUGACGAAUUUAGAUGUCGAUAAAGGGUUAAUAAAUUGUAAUCUUAUUGCUAAUGUAUUAUAUGGAGAAACAAAUUUUUAG